UUUUUUUUUUUCGUUCUUUCUAUCCUCGGUGAAUGUUAUAUCUCACAAACGAUAUUGGCCUUCUGCCCUUCUUCUUGCCAUUGGGGCUAAUUGGCUUUUAUCGUUAUUUAUGGUAUGCCGUCAAGCUCUUAGCAUGGGCGGUUUAUCGACCAGUCCAUCCUUCCAGCAACCCAACGUAUGAUUCUAAAACAGACGUCACCAUCAUUGUCCCUACCAUUGAUGCCGGCGAAGAGUUUCGAAUCGCAGCACGAAGCUGGCUUGCGUGCAAUCCAAAGGAAAUCAUCAUUGUGACGGAAACAAAGAUGCGAAAACCUCUACAAUCCCUAGCCGACGACAUCGAUCCAGACAAAAUUCGUGUCCUGACCGUACCAAGGGCAAAUAAACGGUUGCAGAUGGUGGAGGGGAUUAACGCCACUAACACGGAGAUAAUUGUGUUUGCUGAUGAUGAUGCAAUCUGGAAACCCACCAUGCUUGAUUAUAUUCUUGCUUGCUUUGAAGACCUCAAGAUGGGUGGAGUAGGCACCAGCCAAACGGUACAUGCCGUCAAUCCCAAUGGCCAUCAAACUGUUUGGGAAGUCCUGGCCGGAUUUAGAUUAACCAUUCGCAAUAUCGAAAUUGCCGCCUCUACUCAUAUCGACGGCGGAGUUUGUUGCUUGUCAGGUCGAACGGCUGCGUAUAGAUCACUUAUAUUGAAGGACCCGGCCUUUCAGUACGGAUUUACCAACGACUUAUGGUUGGGAAAAUAUCCUUUGAACUCGGGAGAUGAUAAGUAUCUGACCCGUUGGAUGGUAUCGCAUGGAUGGAAUACCCAUAUCCAAGUUACCCCGGAAGCCGAGCUAAGCUCCACCUUCAAGGAUAAUUGGCGGUUCCUGAAGCAGGUUUUGCGAUGGACGCGCAACACCUGGCGCUCAGAUUUUCGAUCGCUGUUUAUAGAGCGACAUAUUUGGCGACGAUAUCCCUAUGUCGCAUUCACCAUGGUGGACAAGUUGUUCAAUCCAUUCACUCUCCUUGUUGGUCCGAUUCUAGUGAUCGUAUUUUCUACCCAACAGGCACGUAACGCAGGUGACACAAACCCACCUCUUCCAGGAUGGAAUAUCGCCAUUUCAUACAUCGUUUGGUUACUCUUGACCAGAGCCAUCAAACUCCUACCCCACUUCUUCAAGCGACCGCAAGAUAUUAUUUGGGUGCCAGCUUGGCUCGUCUUCAACUACUACUUUGCCGUCAUGAAGAUUUAUGCGCUGUUUACACUGCAUGAAGUGGGCUGGGGUACAAGAGCUGGUGUAGCAACAGGGCUUGCGGCGGAUAUUGCCAAAGAGAAAAAGGAUCCCUCUGACACCACACGCUCCAGCGAUACGUUCAUUGAAAUGUCCCAUCUGGAAGGAGACGCCGAUUACAACGAACGCCCGUACCCUCAUCACCGACUCAGUAUGGCUCUCUCAGAGGAUGAAGAUCUCUUCUCAGCGGAAGAGUGGCAGUCCUCACGUCGUACCACCCGACCAGAGAGCAUUGAUCUUGGCUUCGAUAGCCGGCUAUUUCCAUAUAUGAGCGAGUCCAGUAGACCGAGAACUAGCAUCUAUGACUCAUGGACGUCAUAACAUCCUCCCACCCACCAAACUAUACCAUGAUAGCAUUCUACCCCAUACCUAACUUUUUUUUUGCCAUUGUAUUUACGGCUCGACAGCAUUUUGGCUGACAAAGUGAGGUCAUAUUACAAUUCUUUAGA